AUGCUUUUUUCCUAUCUUCGUGCCAUCGAGACUGUCUCGCGAGGCAGCCUCGCCGGCGCCAUCAAAAGUGAUGGUGCUACGCCAGAGGCGAAUCAACUCCAAGAUCACGUGAUCCCACCCCUUUCCAUAAUCACCUGCUACUUCGCUCCGAAAUGCUCACUCCCUUUGUGCAUGAACACGACCGUUGGUGUGUGGAUCUGUGCCGAACAAAAGGCAGAUACAGCAGUCCCAUGCAGUGACGCCUGCUGGAGGCGUCUGGGCUGCACCUUGUCCACACUGGCACCCAACACGGCAGCCUCUCGUUUCACCAGCGUUUGA